CUGGGGUUAAAUUGAUUGUCGAAGAGGUCGGCAGGAGUUGCCGUUGUGCGGCAGAACCGGCUGCUGUCGAUAAUUAGGGGUCUGCCGAAACGCUGCCUGGCUUCCAUGACCUUGUCGCAUCUCGAUUUCAAAACACUCGAGAUUAUGCGCCCGCGAUGAACACAACAAACCACCAACAAGAUGCCUUGGGCAAUGCCCUCGAGCUCGUCAACCAAGCAUUCGACCAAGUGCAGAGGAUCCCCGGCUCGUCGAUCGUCAUUCGAUACAUCCGCUCCAGCUAUCAAGAUGAUCCGGUCCGCUCGGCCAUGGAAUUGUUCUUGUUCCUGUUCGCCGUCUACUACCUGGUCUCGCCGGCAUACUCUACCAAGAAGCAAAAGCAAAUACCCUUGACCGAAGAGGAGAUUGACGAGCUUGUCGAAGACUGGACCCCCGAGCCCCUAGCGGCCCCAGUAACAGCCUUCGAAGAAGCAGAGAAUGAAAAGAGGCCGGUCAUUGUUGGUCCUUCAGCGCCCAAGUCGAAGCUCGCGAACGGCCGAACUGUGACCAACCUUGCUACCUACAACCACUUCAAUUUCAUCAACUCCGAGGCUAUCAAGGAAGCUGCCGUAAAGACUCUGCGCGCCUACGGUGUUGGUCCUUGCGGUCCUCCUGGUUUCUACGGCACUCAGGAUGUGCACCAGACGCUCGAGGCGGACAUUGCUGCUCAUCUAGGCACUCCCGCCGCCAUUGUCUACGCCCAAUCUUUCAGUACCAUCUCUUCGGUCAUUCCUGCUUUCUCCAAGCGAGGAGACAUCAUUGUAGCCGACAAGGCUAUCAACUUCGCCACACGCAAGGGUAUUCAGAUCUCACGCAGCACUGUCCGAUGGUUCGAGCACAACGACAUGGAAGACCUCGAGCGCGUGCUCGCAAAGCUUGUCAAGGAGAACGCCCGCAAGCCCCUCACCCGCCGCUUCAUCAUUUCCGAAGGUCUUUUCGAGAACGUCGGUGACGUUGUCAAUCUCCCUAAGCUGGUCGAGCUCAAGCAAAAGUACAAGUUCCGCAUUAUUCUGGAUGAGACAUGGUCAUACGGUGUUCUGGGCCGCACUGGUGGUGGUGUUACAGAGCAACAAAACGUCGAUGCCAGCCAGGUUGACAUGAUCAUCGGUUCGCUCGCUGGUUCCCUUUGUGGCGGUGGUGGCUUCUGUGCUGGUAGUGAGGAGAUUGUCGAGCAUCAGCGCCUCUCUGGUAACGCCUACACUUUCUCGGCCGCACUCCCUGCUAUGCUUGCGACAACUGCUAGCGCAACCACCAGAAUGCUACAAGAACAGCCCGAACUUCUUACUGCCCUAAGAGAAAACAUCCGCGCAAUGCGUGCUCAGUUAGACCCUCGCAGUGACUGGGUCACUUGCACCAGCGCUGUCGACAACCCCGUCUUGAUGCUUGUACUCAAGGAGGAAGUGCUUGAGAGCAGGCGUCUCAGCAUUCCUGACCAGGAUUCUAUUAUGCAAGACAUCGUUGAAGAGUGCCUUGCCAACGGCGUCCUAAUCACCAGACUGAAGAGCAUGCCUCCGCCACUAGGCGGCACACCUCGUGAUGAGGGAUGGCAGCCUCAAUCUGCAAUCAAGGUCUGUGUCACAAGCGGUCUGUCGAAGAAGGAAACAGAGAAGGCUGGUGUGGUCAUCAGGCAUGCCAUCACCAAGAUUAUGACACGCAGAAAGUAAUUAAGAACCUGACGAAAGUGUCUUUACUCGACGGCGUUUCUCAUGGCAAAGCGAUGUGGAGUUUGAUUCGAGCCUGUAUAGCAUAUAUAUCCCUUGUAAUUGUGACAUGG